CAAUGAACCAGCCAACCUUGCAACCUAGAAAGUAACCGUCCUAAGUUAUUUUUUUCUUACUGUACCCCUUCAUCUCAUCUCAAUUUUUUUGAUCUCGUAUCCAUUAUCUGCUUCCCAAUUCAUCUUUCUGCUAAACCCCCUUUUUUUAUUCAUCACUCCUUGGCAACAUCCGCACGUCGUCCGUGGAUUGUUGCCAUUCAACUUUAUCGGCGGCCCCAAUGCAGUCGUUUUCGAUUUCGAUCUGUUAGAUUGAUCCGAUUAAGUUGGACUCGUUUGACGGGUUUGAGCGACGCCACCAGAAACAAGUCUGACGCGUAUGCGUAUUGACCACCUAUCUAACCGUCCACAACCCACACUUCUGCUCUUCUAGAUCGCGUGGCCUUUUUCACUUCCAUCACCGUUACCGUUAUCGAAUCUUUCGAGGGAGUCUAAUCCCUUGUGUCGUUCGCUACCUUGCGCAAUUCACUAAGGCGAUCUACACCGAUAGAUUACGGGAAACGGAAAUACCCAAGGCUUUUUUUCAUGGUUGAAUAGAAUAAUCACGAUUGCGACGAAGACGGCAUACACAUCUGCUUAUUAAUUCCAUUAGCAUAGAACUCAUCGUUGUUCUAUUCCAAUUGCUUAUUGCUUCCCACUUCGCCAGCUGGCGCUUGGAGAGCGUCGCUAAGCCGCCAUUAUGGAUUUGCUUAGGCGCGCUUACAGGCGUGUGCCUACAGUCAUGGGCCCUGCUCAGCUUCCCACAACGGGCGAGAAGAGACCUCCACCGAACAGAUUCACAUCGCGGCUCGCUUUCUUCAGGAGACCCCUUCGAUUAAAGGGAAACUCUAGUAUAUCUGUCCCUCUUGGCGUUGUUGUUUUAUUUCCAUGCAUUGUUGUGGUCCUUAUCCUGGUCUUAUUUGUCAGACAUCCGAGUUCUCCCGGCAGAAUAUUGAUGCCAGCUGGUGCUCCUCCAGCUAUUCGAAAAAUUAGCGAAGAGCACGACAAAGUAUUCGUUACCGGCUGUCUCGAGCCUGACACCACAACAAAGCGAGUGAAUGGCGCAUUCGUCGUCCUCGCCCGAAAUAAGGAGCUGGACGGUGUUAUCCAAUCCGUCAAGUCUAUCGAACGACACUUCAACCGAUGGUACCAUUAUCCCUAUGUCUUCUUGAACGAUGGAGACUUCAACCAAACGUUCAAGGAUACCAUCCGCAAUUACACUUCCGCUCCCGUCGAGUUUGGCAAGGUUGGCGCCGAGAUGUGGGGAUACCCUGACUGGAUCGACCCCAAGGUCGCGAAGGAGGGCAUUGCUAAGCAAGGAGAUGCCGCCGUCAUGUACGGCGGUCUGGAGAGUUACCAUGCCAUGUGCCGCUUCUACUCUGGAUUCUUCUAUGACCACCCUCUUCUCGCUAAAUACGAAUGGUACUGGCGAUUGGAGCCCGAGAUCAAGUACUUCUGUGACAUCACCUAUGACCCGUUCCUCAAGAUGAUCGAGUACAACAAGACUUAUGGCUUCACCAUUGCCGUUAAAGAGCUUCGAGAAACCGUCCCUAACAUCUUCCGAUACGCCUCUGCAUACAAGCGCCUAAACAACAUCACUUCUCAAGGACUGUGGGAAAUGUUUGUCGAGCCCAAGCCAGAGAAGCCUGCACCUCCUGAGAACGAUCCUAACUACAAGCCUCCUCUACCUGAGGAAAUUCUGCGUACUGACCCCGGCCGGAUGAACCUGCCAGAAAUUGAUCCCGAAGCUAUGGAGGGCGAGAGCUACAACAUGUGUCAUUUCUGGUCUAACUUCGAAAUUGCGAAGCUCAGCUGGUUUCGAAGUCCAGAGUACAAAGCUUUCUUCGAGAUGAUGGACCGCAGUGGUGGCUUCUGGAUGGAACGAUGGGGUGAUGCCCCGAUUCAUUCUCUUGCUGCCGGUAUCCUAUUAGGUCCUAAAGAUAUCCACUACUUCCGGGAUUUCGGCUACCGACACACUACUAUCCAGCAUUGUCCGGCAAAUGCUCCGGCUCGCCAACUUCCACGUGAACCAUUCCUCGAGAAAACGACUCUUGAGGAGAGGAAGCGAAUCGAAGAGGACGAGUACUGGGACCAAUGGGAUCCCGAAAAAGAGAACGGUGUCGGCUGCCGCUGCCGCUGUGAUACCGAUAUCGUGGAUGUUGAAGGCAAGGAAGGGUCAUGUCUGGCGGAAUGGGUUGAUGUGGCCGGCGGAUGGGCUAGCCCGUAGUGAGGGAUACGCUAGCAUUGAGGCGACGCUCUCGGCGGCCUUUAGCAGCAGCAACUACGGUUGGAUACCCAAUGUCUUCAAGCGACCUUUUUUCAAAGGCGUCACUUGGAACCACAGAAUAAUAACGAUGGAACGACAUUUGUAUUUGGUCUAAAACUUUUCUUCAUCGCUUUCUGUCCACCAGGGGGGGCUCUCAGAAGUGGCGUGGAACUUGGGUUUCGGAGAAACGGGCGUAGCUAAGGCUGACGGGAGCGCAGCAUUUUGUGUCAUAGGGGGAUUCACAUAGUCCCGGAAUUUUGGUACGGCUUGGUGUGUUUUGCCAUAGAAACAGGGCGUCGCGAACCCUAAGACACGGGCUUGAUAGGGGCCUAAGGUCCUUACUGUUGCGGCCUAGGUCAUACGGACAAUAAGCACGAUAAUUCAGCAUGUAGAGGGGCUGUUCCUUUAUGGUUCAGCCGGGUUGGCAUACUAUAAUGGGUUUGAUAUCGAUGGUAUAUAGUAAUCUCGCAUUGAUUGACGGCCUGCCGCUUCUAA